AUCUAACUCCAUUGUUACAGGACUGAAACACGGGAAAACACGGAAAAGUUGAUUCUUUGGAAUUAAUUGAAAUCGUGAACAUUAAAAUGGUUAUGGCUGAUCACAAAAACGCGGCAGAUAUAAGAAAUGGAAGGCGAUCAAGAGGUGCUAGUCCAAACGAAUUUUCAGACGACAGUAGCGGAGAAGAUUCGGAUCACGAUAAUGGAAUGCGAGUAGGAGAUGAUUUCCAAGCUAAAGUUCCAAUUUAUAAUCCAGAUAUAAAACCUGAAGGUAGAAAUGAUGCCAUUCUAGUAUGGGCACCAGCUUGGGAUCUUCCUGAUGCUAAAGUUGAUGAAUAUGUGGUAAUUGCUAAAGAGAAGCAUGGAUACAACACAGAGCAGGCUUUGGGCAUGUUGUUUUGGCAUAAACAUAACAUUGAUAAGGCAUUGUCAGACCUACCAAACUUCACACCAUUCCCAGAUGAGUGGACUGUAGAAGAUAAAGUUUUGUUUGAACAGGCAUUCAGUUUCCAUGGCAAAAGUUUUCACAGGAUCAGGCAAAUGCUGCCCGACAAAUCAAUAGCCAGUUUGGUUAAGUAUUACUAUUCAUGGAAGAAAACAAGAUCAAGAACAAGUCUGAUGGAUCGACAAGCCAGAAAACUAACAAAGAAUGGUGACAGUGAAGAAGAUUCAGAUAUAGAAAGUAAGAAAUCUGAUGCUGAUGAUGCCAACAAAGAGAAUGGGAAGCAGGAAAAAGACACUUGCUCCAAUUGUGGUAUAUCUACCUCAACAUUAAACCCAACACCUAAAGGUUCUCUUUGUAGUUCAUGUUUCCAGUAUUGGAGAAGAACCGGUGUAAUGAGAAGUGCUGGACCAAACAGACAUGACCACGGCCAACACAGACAUAACCCCAUGAAACACAAGAGGAAACCUCCACGUGGAAUGUUUAUCAUUGCAGAAGAUCUGUCUCUUUUUACCUCAGGACCUCCAGCUCAAGCAGAUGCUGUUCUCAAAAAUGCAGAAGCUGAUCUUGUCUCCCUUAAAAGACAAGUUCAGAAUCAUAAACAAAUGAUAAGUAUGCAGAAACAUAAGAUGGGUUGUAUAGAUGAACUGAGACCACCAGAGGGCAACCAAAGGAUUAAUGCUCGUUGGACGAAUGAAGAGCUUUUGUUGGCUGUUCAAGGAGUAAGGAAAUAUGGCAAGGAUUUUCAGGCAAUAGCCGAAGUGAUAGGAAACAAGACAGAGGCUCAUGUUAGAAGUUUCUUCAUCAAUUUUCGUAGACGAUAUAAUUUGGAUGAAGUAUUAGCUGAAUUUGAAGCUGAACACGGAACAGAACAUACCAACGAUGAUGAUUUAGAUAAGGAGGAAGAAAAGAUGGAAGUUGAUAUAAAAGAACCAGACAAUUCUGCUCCUAGCUCUGGAACACCACCACCAUUACUGAAACAAGGAACCUCGCCGAUCAAAGUUCCUAAUGUAUCACAACACAGAUUGAUACCAAACCAGCGAACAAUAUUACAGCAACCACCACCCCUUAUCAAACCAAAUUCCUCUUCACCAAAGCCAGCUAUAACAACACCUUCGUAGGAUUUACUGGAUGAUUAAAGGGAUUUUUUAUGUUAAGUGCUCAGUUGAGGCCUGCCACCAGAUGUUGUGCAUGUGAUGCCAGUUAAAAUGUAAUCUGCAGACAGUGCAAGAAAUGUAAUUCAGGCAUUAUUGUCUAUGGCUAUAGUUUUACAGUUGGCCAUAUUAACAUUAUGUAGUAUUAAAGGGAUCGCAUCAGACAACUGACACUUGAACCAGUUCAAAAUGGUUUCCUGAUUUUUAUAGUUCAAGGAAUUUUUCACGUAUCACAUCAUUGCAUCACUAAAUGUGAAUAAGUGGGAUGUUUUUGUUUGUACAUUUUAUUUUUGUUGUUACCUGUAAAGAUAUUUAUUUAUUUUGUUUUCUCAGAUUUUUGUAUAUUGAGAAUAAGUGUUUUUGAUGUUUGCACUUUUGUUUGAGGUGUAAGGUGCUUUAUUUUUAUAUGGUACUAUGUAACACAGGUGUCCACAUUGUGAACAUGUCCGUCUAUUAGAUAUUUAUGACUGUCUUUAAAGUUUGUAUUGUAUAUCUUACAGCUGAACUAAUAGAAGAUGUACUUUGUGCAUAAAAUUAAAGUUUGCUUGUUUGUUCUAGGUGAACUACAGUAUGAACUAUCAUUGUAAAUAUAGUAACGAACUGAUCACAUAUGUUUUUAAGUCACAUUUUUGAUAACUCUCCAAUGAUACGAUUGGCUAAUAUUAACUUGUUACUCUUUCAAUAGGUAGUAUAAAACAAAAGAAAUAUUGAUUUUAUUGUCAUCUACCAAACAAGCAUACAAUUGUACACAUUCAAUUAUACAUGCUGUAAUUCAGCAUUUUCACUUGGAGGUACAUACAUAGUGUGAAAUAUUUUUUUAAGAACUGGAACUUUUUGAAUUAAAUCAACAAACUUCAUUCCCGGUUAUUUUUAUAUUUGUAUAGAUUAUAGAAAUAGUUUAAUAAGAUUCCAAAUUUUAUAUGAAUCAUCUUGCAAUUUUAUUCAUGUUUUUUGUUCAGUGCGUUAGUAUUUGUAGUUUUCAUCAGCAUUAUCAAUGAGUGAAAGUUUCAUUUUUUUUUCACUUAAACAGCAGCAAAUCGUGGAUUAUAAAUAUUUCAUCUCUAAAAUAAAGGGUAUGUUGCAAUUUUCCAGAAAAUUAGAGUCAACAUCAUCACCAUGUACUGACGCUACUUAUUGUUAUGUUCAUCAGAUUAGAGGUGCAGUUUGAACCCGAUUUUGAACUUAAAAAUGGAAAUAGAAGACAAUUUCAAUUCUGGAGUGUUGGGCUUUCUUUCCAUUUCUGGACCAUACUCUAAGGUGGUAGCGGAACUUCAAAAAAGAGUGUAAAUGGUGAAAUAACUACUGACUGUGAACGAAUACUCUUCAGGAAUGACUACUUCUGGUUUCAGGUCAAAAUGAAUCCAAAAAAUGAGAAAAAAUAGGGGAAAGUCUGGAUAUUGGUUAAUAACUUGAAAUUACUUUCUUUAGAUUUCCAUACCCAGAUCAGUUUCUCUCAGAUCUGAGUACUUGUGCAUGUGUUCACUGGGCUCCUCUCUGUUUGAAGGUUACUGUAAGCUAAAGCUAUCAGCAUACCUAAAGCAUGCCAGUCAACAAAUAGGAUGAAAAAAUGUCAAAAUUGGCAAUAGAAGGAUAAUUUUCAUGAAACUAUCCCUAUUAUACCACCCUUAUCCUCACCGGCCUGUAUUAAUGCAUAUGAAUAUAGUACUUUGUAAUGUUUAACAGUAAUAUCAUUUCUGUAUUGUAUGUUAAUAAUAUUUGAAAGACAGCUGAUCAUCUUCAUUGUCAAACAUUUCUUUUAUAAAUAUUCUAAAAGAUGGUGAUUUUUUUAUACUUACUAGUCUUCAUACAUAAUACACUUUUUUCACAAACUUCAUGACUCCAAGUUUAAAAUAACAACUUAUAAAUGUUUUCAUUUUUAAGGCUAAGUAGUUGUUAAUCUGUUUCACUAUCAGCAAGUUGUAUUUAAAAGAACAAAAGCUGUUUGUUUGGGUUUUAUGAAGAUCCACCAUUUUGUAUUAGUAAAGUAACACAUUUUUCAGACUUUUAUUGUAGAUAAAUGGACUAAUAUGGUGUGAAGUCAAUGAUUACUGCUAUAUCUUUAAGGACUACUGAAAACCUACUAUUUUUUACUGAUACUUCUUUAUGCGUUGAGCCCUUUCUAGUUUAUUUUUUGAGGCUCUUUAACGCUUUUGAUUUUUUUGGAGGGGAAAAUAUUUUUGAAAAUUUCAAAGCAAAAAGGAAAAUAAAUAUAGAAACAAACUACUAAGAAUUGUGAGUGAAUUCACUGUAAAAAGAUAUUCUCUGAGAGACUUUGACCACAUAUUGCAUUAUUGCAGUGAAUAUAUUUGAUUAACUCCCCUUAAAAUGAAGGAUAGGGUAUGCAUCCAUAUGUAGUGUUAUACUCUUAUGAGGCUCAUGGGAAGACAUAUGGAUAGCCAGACUGGUUGAUUAUUGUUUAUAACGUCCAAAACAUUGUUUGUGGGGGGAUACAAAAAUCCUUAUAGUAUAAGGCCAUAAAAUUGUUUGGGUCAGUGACCUGAAUGUUCAUUAAACCAUAUCCAUUGUUGACCGUUGUGCUACAAGAGAAGGACUACUGUAAGGUUUUAUAUGAUCAUUACAAAUUGCAUGUGUUAACAUGAUGUAUGUCAUGUGAUGUAUCAGUGAAAUAAAGUUUUGUAAAAUA